UCAUAUAAUUUGGUUGUCGACAGUGUAUUGACACAACUGCUUGUACCGUUUGUUGAUUGUGGUGUUUUGUUUUCACCAAUCAGGAUAUCGCUACAAAUUGCAUGCAAUUUGUUUUAAUAAUUGAACACAAUACAACGCAUUUGGUAACAAUAGAGAGCUGUCACACUGUAGUUACUUUGCAUUUUCUCUCUUGGCAUAAAACAGUUGACAAGUUCGUUAGCGUUGUAUCAGUAUAUAGAUGGCAGAAGGCAAUGAUUGUGUUACAAUGGCUGGUGCUUCAGAUCACAAACCUCCUCGAGCUCCGAAAUGUGCACGAUGUCGAAAUCAUGGUGUCGUAUCUUGGUUGAAGGGACACAAACGGUUUUGUCCUUGGCGUGAUUGCACCUGUGCUCAGUGUACGUUAAUCGCCGAGCGCCAGCGAGUGAUGGCUGCCCAAGUAGCUUUAAGACGACAGCAAACGCAAGAGGAACAACUAAACGUUACAUUUCAGCAAAACGCUUAUGAUGACGAUGAAGACGAUGGAAAAUCGCACGAAAAAGAUGAAGAAGAUGGUGUCGAUGUGUGUGAAGAUAACGAAGAAGAUCCUGAUGUUGUUUCGAGCCACAAUGAAGAUAAAGAUGAUUUGGAACCAACAGAAACAGGAAGUCAGGUAGCCUCCUUAGAUCGUAACGCAAUGUUUCCGCUGAACGAGAACCAUUCAGCCACGACAUGGUUUGGCAUUUCCAAUAAGACAGAGAAUGUGCCAAAGAUUCACCGAUGCAUUAGAAAAGAAAGCGAGCCUGAGGAAGAAUCCUUUGCUAUUUUGCGUAGGAUAUUUCCUCAUCACAGUCCAUCAGUACUGGAAAUGAUAUUGAAAGCAUAUGACAACGAUAUAGUCCGUGCAACAGAGUCCUUGAUGCUCGAAAAUGGCAUGACUCGUCAACUUCUCACGCCUCCGGUUAGUCCCGAAAAUUCGUCCAGUACUUAUUUCGCGACGAAAGAUUCCGAUAGUAAAUCGAGUCAUACACGUCCCUCAGCUUUCUCCCCAGUCCCGAACAACAUCGUCUCUUACACUUCCCCAGCACAGGUUUCGGCCCUGUCGCCACCCAUAGUCCAACCAUUUACUCCUCCUGCCUACCCAAUACGGUCCAUAUACAGACCAUAUAUGUUCACUGGAGGAAAUCACUUUGGCAUGCCUUAUCAUCCCUACAUUCCACCACAAGCAAGAGGAAUGAUGGUCCAAUCUACUAACAGGCGCGACGCGCGCACGUGUAGUCGUUGCUCAACUUGGAUAUUACCUUCAGAUCGUUUUUGCUCUCACUGUGGCAAGUCUGCAUGAUCAUCGAAGACUUUGUUCAUUGUUUUCAUAAUUGUUGUUAAAAAUUUGUGUGGAAAGUUGUUCAAUUUGUUGGAAUAAAAUGAUUAUUGCAAUA